GGGGAGGGACGGUGGCUCCCAUAAACCAGAGCUUAUUUUUUUACAGAGGAUCAAAUCACGCUGCAAAACUGUAGAUCCGCGUUUUCCGUCUAUAUAAAGUCAAUGGUCAAAGUGCACCACGUUAUUUUUCACUCCAAGUUGAGCUCACAGUGACGAUGCGUUAUAUUUGUCCUUCGGUUUGUUUUUAUGUCUGACGAACAACAACCUUUGCUUUACGGAGACUCCGAGACCUGUCCUGCUGCUACACUACCGAAUGCUACAAAUCCAACUCUGCUACAGACAUGGAUGUCCCAGAGCGCCAUCUCGUGGUGUGUGUGUGGAUGGCGCUGUGCUGCCUGUGGGCUGGUGUGUCCAUGCCAGAUCCAACAUACAGAGAGGAGCUCAUGAAGAUGGAGGCGUCCAUGCAGACAGGAGGCGAGGUGGUGCUGAACGAGAAGGAGAAAAUACUCAACUCACGACUGUUACAGAUGAAGCAGAAGGAGGUGAUGAGGGCAGACUUUCCACCUGCAAUGCACUUCUUCAAAGCCAGGGACCUGAUCAAGAACAGCGCCCUCUUCCGUCUACUGCAGAAAUUGCCUAAAGGUGCAGCCCUUCACUUGCAUGACUUCUCCAUUACGGAUGUGGAGUGGCUGGUGAAAAACGCGACGUAUAGGCCUCAUCUCUAUAUGUGCACUACCAACACUCACAUCAUACAAUUCAUAUUCUCCUCCCAAAUGCCCGAACCAGUGCCCCGCUGUUCCCCCUGGGUUCUGCUGGAAAAACUCAGAGCUAUGACUGCCAAUGUGACUGAGCUUGAUCACAGUAUAAUGAAGAACUUAACCAUUUUCACUGAGCUGGACCCAAAUGUGCUGUACCCAACCCAGUCCGUGAUCUGGAAGCGGUUUGAGCAGUCGUUUGUUGCUGUGUUGGGUCUGGUCACCUACGCUCCAGUCUUCAGAGAUUACUAUUACCAAGGCCUCAGCGAGUUUUAUGCAGACAAUGUCAUGUAUCUGGAACUGCGGGGGAUGCUUCCUGAGAUUUAUGAGCUGGAUGGCAGUACUCAUGACAUGGCAUGGACUAUAAAAACCUACCAGGAGGUCACGAGACAGUUCACAGCAGAUCACCCAGACUUCUUUGGAGCAAGAAUCAUUUUCACUAUGCACAGGAGUGUAAAUUCAACUGUGAUGGCCCAAGCUGUGAAGAAGGCCAUGAAGUUCAAGAAAGACUUUCCGGAUUUUAUGGCAGGCUUUGAUUUGGUGGGCCAUGAAGAUGUAGGGAGACCUCUGUGGUAUUUCAGAAAUGAACUGUCUCUCCCAUCAGACGAAGGACUGUCCCUUCCCUUCUUUUUCCAUGCAGGAGAAACGAAUUUGGAGGGCUCUGAAGUGGACCAGAACUUGCUGGACGCUCUGUUGUUCAACACGUCCCGCAUUGGACAUGGCUUUGCUCUGCUGCGUCACCCUGUGGCCAAGGAGCUCUCCAGGAAACGAGGAGUAGCUGUGGAAAUUUGCCCCAUCUCCAACCAGGUGUUAAAGCUGGUAGAUGAUUUAAGAAACCACCCCGGGGCAGUCCUGAUGGCAGAGGGCCACCCUUUGGUCAUCAGCUCUGAUGAUCCGGCCAUGUUCGGUGCCUCGGGUUUAUCCUAUGACUUUUAUGAAGCUUUUGUUGGAUUUGGGGGCUUAAGGUCCAACUUAGGCACCCUCAAAGCACUGGCUAUGAACUCCAUAAAGUACAGUUCAUUACCCGCCCAGCAACGAGAUAAAGCUUUGGCUAUGUGGCAGAAAAGAUGGGACAAGUUUAUAUCUGAAAAUACUUUAAUAUCAGGGUUCUAUCCAGAGUUUAUAUUUUAAACAGGAAAAAAAGAGAGGUAGAGGUCUGUAUUUACAUAACAAGACAAGACAUUUUGUGAUUUGCUUAUUGUAAUCAUUUAAAUAGUGAUUUGUAGCAGUGUUGGAGACACAUAAUUUAAAUUCAGCCUUUAAAACUGUGACAAGAAAUUGUUAUCGUUUUACAAUUGCACUUUAGACUUUUAUGUUUUUUUAAGAGUAUGAACACUGGAUUUUUAAUGUGAUGAGUGCUUUCAAAUCUUUGGAGACAAUUUUUAAAACAUAUUUUUUCAGGUGAAAUGAAUGGAGCUCAACAGUGACUGCUCGCUCCGGUCCCGGAAGUAAAAUUUUCAUUCAUUUUUCCAAUAGAUAUUAAAGACAUUGUGGAGACUAAACACCUAUCUGCUAACUAAUAUUCAGAAAGCACAUUUAAAACACAAGAUUAUGCAAAAUGCUUUAAUAACUGAGUGGUUUCAGAAACAGAUUUUAAAUAAAAUGAUAGGUCUGGGACUUGGGCAGUCACUGUUGAGAUCCAUUGUGUGAAUGAAUUUUAUACUUACCGUUAUCUGCCUUUAAAGCUGCCCUAACAACUCCGUUCAAUGACAAAUGAAUGUUGAUUGCUUAUCAUGAUUUAUUAUGUGUUUUGUUGUUAUUUUUUGCAUAGCUUAUUUAUUGCAGUCCAAUACGACUUUCAUCAUCGACUGCAAGUGUUGAACUGGGUGAAGAAACUCUCAGUGACAGCGCCCUUUGAAAUCGCCGGUUUUCUUUAAAGGCAAAAAACAAAUAGAACAUAUUGUUAAAAAGUGCAUGCAUGUUUUGUUGAAUACUUUAUUUUGUUGAAUACUUUGUUGCUAUUUACAUUUGUUUCCUGGUCUCUGCUAACAUGUGGUUGGUGCUGUCCAGGUGUUUCCUCAUUUGUUUGUUGAGUUUUGCCUGUUGUCUCUCAAUGAGUGUGGCCGUCCGAGCUGAAUCAAUGCGGAUGCUGUCAUAGUAACGCUGCUCAUUUUCCUCACUCAGUUUUUGUCUCUGCAAAUACGCACACAGCAGUAGCUUAAAUGUGUAUUGUGUAACUUUUCUGGUGGAGGGUCUGUCAUGUGCUUUUUUUCUUCCAUUUGUUGUUGCUGAAAUUCUUUAAGCUUUAAGAUCUCUUUCCUCUCUUUUUCCACUAUGCUUUGGGGGGAGUCUGCAUUGAUCUCUCCAUCCAUGAAAUCCCAAACUCCGGUGUCCUUAUCCUUAGAUUGCUGACGCCUUUUUUUCUUCUGACUGGCAUGGAAAAACAGUGGUAGUUAUUUACACAUCUUAUUUUUUGUCUAACACAACCACUAACCCAUUCCACCGGCAUAAAUAAAAGCUCUUCUCGAAGACAAACUGA